UGGCACGCCUGAUGUAUCACUCCCCUCCUCCAACCCCUCCUUUUGCUUGUUUGAUUUUCAUAUCUCGUCCGUGCCAUAAAACUGUAACCGCCGAAUCGUGUGUUGUAUUCGUUUUUCAAAAGAAACAAUUUGAAUUUUGAGGAAACAUAAUAUACAGCCGUUAAUUAUGAGCCGCAGAAGACGCGGCGAAGACUUUUCACACUUGUGCCAAUCAUACGGUAAUUCUACAGACUGCAGGUCAGAUCUGGAUAGCGAUAUGCAAGAUGAGCCAUUGAAUCAGCAACACAGUAUGGAAACCAAUGACAAAGACAAGUUGUCAGUGGAGAGUCAUGCAAGAGAAGACAAUUCUGGUAGUUGGAGUUACAGAUCUACGAUAUUGGCGGGUCAGGCUGCGGACGCUGAGUCACAGGGUAGUACAGAAAACUCGUAUCGAACAGCUCAGUCUGGGAGUACAGCAGGAUGCUCAUCUUCACAUGGAAAUUUCAUCGAAUCGUGCAGAUCAGAAGUGCCAAGUUCUCUGAACAGAGCAAUCGAUGUUGAGUUUGUGCCCCAGUCAGAUCUUGAAUUGACUCAGACUACGGACGAUCCGUGCAGCAGCAGCGAAUUGAACAAAAACAUAGAAUCGUCGGAUAAAUCGAGUCAAGACUCGCGGGACACGAAUUACAAUAUAAAGAAUAACGAGGAAGUUCCUGCAUCGAGUGCUCCUAUGCGCCGUUACUCCAGACUUCAUAGUCCAAGAUUUGGAAGAAUGGCAAGCACGCCAACGAAUGAAGAAUCCGGUUCGAAAAUGUUGAAACGAUUCUCGCAAGAAUUCAUGUCUUCGCCUCAACGUUUCACUGAAAAAUUAUUGACAAUUAUCGAUGAGUCAGAAUCGACACAGAAUUAUGCCGACAAUACGGGGGUGAAUUUGAGUUGUAUGACACGAGAAUUUCGGAAAAUGUGUAAAUUCAUACAGGACGAAUCAAUGCCCGAACACUUGAAUUCGACUUUUGGUAUUUCAAAACAUUUGGAGGAAAAGAAAAAUGCAAAUUUCCAGAGACCCGAGACGAUUGAAGAGUCGCCGAUUGACGUGUCAUCGGACGGUGAUGCUCCCAACACUCCCGAGGGACGCGUAUUCAGUCCGAAAGCUUGCCAAAAAACACCAGUGAAUCGGUUCAAAAAAUUAGUCGGGGAAAACAACGAAUGCAUUUCUCCGGAUUCACUGAACAGCACGCGAUUUUUCGUUUCCUUGGAGAAACGCUUGAACGAGGAAACCUCGAGUCCACGUACACAAUUACUCCGUGAAAAUAGUCGCAGUACUUCAGGAUCCGACAUUUCGGCUCAACUACGUGACAAAAUGAGAAUUGUUGAGAAGAGUGAGCAACAAAUGGCCGAUCUCGAAGAAACCAAUCACAUAGACUUCGACACUUUUGAUAGUCAUCGUGCUCACGGGACCCAGGAACGUGAAGUUUGCGAAAACGAGAGGAUCGAAUCCAACCCUAACGAUUUACCGCCCGUCGACGACGAAGCUCUCGACGAGGAUGAAUUGUCGAUGAGUCUUAGGCUCGAAUUGGAAAAACAACGCGAGAGAUGUUUCGAAACAGCACGACAGAUGCAGAAGAUUGAAGAGGAUGCAAAAGCCUGUAACGAAGAUUUUUCUAAAGUACUAGAACGUUUCGGUAUCGAUCCGGAAGUCGAAUGCCGAAAAACAAUCGAGUCGUUGAUGAAUUACCAAAAUUGUCGAGCAAAAAUACGUCAGAACGAGCGUACGAAAAAACAAGAUAUGUCUAGUAUGGAUUCUGGUAUUGAUACUCGUUCCAUAUCCCGAACUCUUCAAGGUUCAAGGAGCAAAAAGUCCUACAAUACCGAAGCAUCCUCUAGAGGCUUCGGUAAGGCCAGCCAACGAUCCCAAGCCGUGAGUAAACCAUCAGGGUCAGAAAACGUUCUUCGCUCAAGCGCUCUUAGCUCGAGGUCAGGGCUCAAUUCUAAGAAAACAGAGCUCAAAAAAGCUGCCACACCGAAGACGAAAGCGCCGACAACACCAAGACUUUAUAUCGAUUCGAGGAGAAGAUCGCCCGGUGAGCUAUGUCCAACUGCAAGGGCUUUGGCUCAGUCUCGAUCCAAGUCUGGGGAGAAAAAGUUGUCAUCCAAUCGUUCACAAUCAAAUAUACAAACUUGUCGAACGCCUCAAACGAAUCGUACUGAUGAUAAAAGCACGAAUCCAAUGCCAUCUAAAGUGCUGUGUCGACAAGCAGACAAAUCAGAAAUCUUUGAAAUUUUUCAAUCUUGUAACAAGCAACAAUUGAACUCGAGAAACGAACCAUUCGUUCCUUCAACUAAUGUAGAAAGCCCGAUCUCUCGGUAUCAUCUCGCUCCACCAACAUCCUCACCGAUAACGAAACUUCAAAACGUUGAUCGAAUGGUUAAAAUAACCAAAUCUCCUCGCACGCAAACUCCUUCGCCAAUAACACAGACGAAGAGUCCGAAGCAUCGAUUUUUCGUUACACCCGGUAAAUCCGUACCCGUAAAACCCUACAAACGAUUAAAACCGUUGUUCGUUAAUGAAGAUGUUGAUCCUCAUCAAUCGAAUAUUCACCGAAUCAUAAAGAGCCCCCAUGCUCCUGGUAUAUUCAGAAAUGGUCUCGGGGGCAAUGUCAUUUCACCUGUCAGGACCUACAUUCUUGGCACCGAUAUGAAUCUGAUACAAAACGUCCAAGCGAAAACUAACGAAAUGCUACUCACACCAACAAAAGCAAAAACGUCCGAAGAAAAACUUAUGUUUGAUCGUAUUGCGAAGAAAUCGACCCCACGUAACAGUCCACGCAGAUUUCGUAUUCCUACCCAUCAGAAGGAUUUUGAAUCGCAGUCUGACUGCUCUGAUGAGAAUCAACAAAAACCUGAUUUCUUACUUGCCAAGGCGAAUUAUGAACUUCCUUCGCGGGUUCACACUAUCGAUCAAAGUCCAAAAAGCAUAGGUGGAGCUCGUACCCGAGGAUUGCUGAAAGCGAUGCAGAAUCGCGUCGUUAUUCGUCACGAAGGGAAGGUUUUUGGAAAUUUCGAUGAACACGAAGUACCUGAAAGUGGCAGCGAUUCCGCUGACAUGUCUAUCCACGUACAAAGAUCGGCUGAGAAAACGAAUUAUGCGACUAGAUGGGCAUAGCGUUGGAAUUCUCAAACUAAAUUUUAUCCGGUUUUUAUAUAAUUUCAAGCAAAUUUUAUACGAUUGUAGUUUAUUGAGAGUUUUCUGCUACUGAAUCAAAACUAAUGAUUUUUUCAUAUCGCGACUUUAAUAGAAAUAUUUCGGUGCUCUCUCCACGAGCAGUCAAUCUAAGUUUUCAUAUUCCUUCAUAGCAGAAGUGAUAAUUCAACUCUUUGAUAGUUGUCCUAAAAAUUUAACACGUCGAAAAAUACUGUUGAUUGGGAUUUUUUAUGCAGCCACAAUUGAUGGGAUAUAAAAAAGAAAAGAUUCCAUUUCGAACCUUCAAUUUUUGUCGAUCUUCUGAUAACAAUUGUGAAAACUACGUGCCUCGAUUUUACGAAUGGACAGAUUAGGGGGGAAGAGGGUGUUCGGAAAGUUGGCUCUUUAUUUUGUUUUACUAACUCGAAGUGAUUCCAUUGUUUACUGACUUAGAGUUUCUACAGAGUUCCAAUUUUCUGAAACUUUCGAACGUGGACUGCGAGGAUGGUCGUAAGAAAGUGGCGAAAGUACCGAAAUAUAAUAUUACUUUUUUUCAGUUGCACGAUCUAAUAACGCUAUGCGGCAGAGCGGUCGGAAACGGUGAACGAUAAGCGUUUCUGAGCAAUAAUUUUACCUUUAGAAAUAAUUUUCCGAGAUAUAAAUUUUGAGAUUAGAUAAAAAACAUCAUAUUUUAUCCUCAUAUUUCGUUUGUAUAUUCGGCUUUGGAGGAAUUCUUAUUCGAGUCCUUUGCAUAUUUGUCAUUGUUCGUUUUAUUCGAGAUGACUGAAUAAUUCUUGACAAAUUAAAAAAAAAAAAAAAAAAAAUAUUUUAUACAAGCAUUUCGGUCUUUGAAUUUUUCUACGAUCUAAUUUUCUUCGAAUGAAACAUUCCAAUUCCGGAGAUCGAAAGUGAGUUUGAGGAGAGGAAAACGUACAAAACAAAUAUUGAACUAGCAGCUAUGACGUUUUCAUUUUUCACGAUCUCACGAGAUACUCUGAAUAUAUUUUCAUGAUCGUUAAUGUGUCAUAAUAUUUUAUUGAAUAAAAGUCUUAAAAUAAAAAGAUAAAAUGGGCGUUUUCAAUGGAAAAAAAUCGUCUCGCUUAUUGCCCAAUCGAACGAUGCAUGUUCGCUGUUUCGUUAAUUAAUGUCGCGAAUUCAAGAACACUUUUUCGAUAAUUUCGAUUGAUUAGCUCGAUAAAAAAGGAAUAAACGAAAAAAAAAAUUGUAUAAUCGAUUUGUUUACUGCGCAUUUUUCACAAUCUCGUGCACCGAGGCAUCGUCACAUACGGUUAAUUGGAGAGCCGCGUGCAAAAGUGUUCACUAUAAUAAUUGCUUUUUAAUGAGAACGAAGGUAAUUUUAGCCAAUCCGAUACAUCAGCUUACAGGAAACAAUGGAGAAUGAACCGAGCGAGGAAAAUGCUACAAACAAUCACAACGAAGAAUAAUAGGCGGAGGCGAAAGUUUCCGGAAUUCAAACGGCUUGAGAUACGAGUUGAGGAAAAAGCCACACAAUGCACGACGCGAAGAAUUGCAACGCUCGAAUUUCACUUUGCAAAAAAAUCCAUCUUUUCGUAAUAAAAGUUUGGAAGGAAUUACGAAUUUAUCGCUUCUCGAACACUCCAAGACCGAAUGAUGGGAAAAUAAGAAAAAAAUAUAUCGACGGUUUAGUAUCGUUCCUCGGUGCAGAUCCGAACUCCGUGCCGGCGAUCGUGGAAGUGAGAUGUUGGCUUUUUUUAUUAUUUUACGAUCGUCAACUCCAAGAGUGCCGUGCGGCGAAGUCUUUCCUUAACAAUGUAUACGUAUAUAUAGUUCAUACGCGUUACAGAUUGGACCUGGCGCUCUCCCUUAUCGCCGAUAUAUAAAAAAUUAUCACAGGAACGUGACUUGUUUCGAGAGCACCGGGUCGAUUUUUGUAACGCUAUUUACAGCACUGCGCAAUUUAAAAAACUACGCUCCCAUCCAUUUUUUGAAUCUUUUUUCCCGUUAUUGCAUUUCACCGCAAUUUACUUUCGGUUGAUCGAAUGUCGUAGUAAUUCGUAAAUAACUGUUUCGUUAAAUCCGCAUACACCGAAAAUUGAAAAAAAUUCAAUGCUCUUGAAAUUUUUGAUACUUUAUUCUCCAACACUUUUUGUUCUUGCUUCCCGUAUCAGAAGCCGGAAAACUAUUCUUUCGAGUGACAGCGAAUAUUUUUCGAAACACUGGCGCUUCUCGCGAUUGGCAUGAGAAAACUUUUCGGCGCGCGCCUAGAAGAGAAAUAUGAAGUGGGAAAAAGAUCGAACGGUAUUUCCGGAGCUAGAUCCAUUGCAGGACAUCGAACGGAAAAUGGAUGCGAUCAAGCGGCAACGAUAAAACGUGCGGACCGUGAUUAUAGGGCCUUCCUGCGACCUCGUGGCCAUGCUGGUUCCGUACGUUGAAAAUGAUUGACACGCUCCUGGGAUAAGCCGCGAGUGCAAACGUACCAAUCACUUUUCCAACAUCUUUACGGUGGAGCCUCGAGUGGAAGGUUGCACAUGGCACGCUGCUUCUUUUCGUUGCACACGCCGCGGUCAGGGCCCCCUCCAACGGUGAGAAAUCAAGGCGGGGAACGAUCAAUAAAUUCAAGCGCACAUUCAACGGAGGACCAAACAGCUCACAAACCAACGUGCAAGUAACAUUGCUACCAGUGUCAUUAUAAACCCUGUGAAAAACCUCAAACUUCUGGAAAACAUGCCGGGACCCUGCUGCGACAAGUGCAAAGACAGCUGCAAGGAUGGAUGUCAGUGCGGUGACAACUGCAAGUGCUGUGACGACGGUUGCGGAGACAAAUGUACCUGCAAGUCCGGAGGCACGUGCGCCUGCAAAACGUGCGCCUGCAAAUGAAGAAAUUUCGUGAACUAAGGCUACCCACCAAAUUUGGCUUUAAUCAUUUUUUCUCUCUAUGAUACCGUAGAUUAUUAGAGCACGAGGUAAAAAUGACAGAAAAUAUGUCCAUCCGUUCAUAUUUAUUCCUACACACGCGAUUCAGAAAAAAGCAACAAACAUCAACGCAAUUGUCACCGCAGAAUUGCGACGCUGCAUUCAUUUUGUUUAUGAAGGCAACGACGUCAAAUAUUUGAUUCAAUAAAAGAUUUGUGCUCAUUGCAA